AUGAUGAAUCAAACAAUAAUCAUAGUUAUUCUUAUUGUUAUAAUUUUAUGUAUAGAAUUCGGUCAAGGUCUUAGAUGUUAUCAACAUGACUAUUGUUUAGGUCGAUGUCCAACAUUAAUAUCAAGUACUGUUCAAUGUAAACCAGGUUUAGAUAAAUGUUGGAAAUUUACAUCACCACUUGGUACAAUGCGUGGUUGUGGUGAUCAUCGUUGUAAGAUACAAUUAGAUACAGGUAUAUUUGAUACUGCUAGUGUAUGUUGUUCAAGUGAUCUUUGUAAUUCGAGUAUUCAAAUGAAAAUAACAACAAUAUUUAUUAUAUUAAGCAGCUUGAUUGCUUUUAUUUAUGUGUAG